GGGCGACUUCCACGCGGUUUCCAGCUGCUUUCGCUUGGCACAGGGACUCCUCUGAGAAGAUGCCGAAGGCCAAGUCCGCAGCGAGUAGCCGCCGGCGGGAUCGUCAGGAGCAGCGCCGGGAGCUGAAGCGAGCUGGAGGACUCAUGUUCAACACAGGGAUCGGACAACACAUUUUGAAAAAUCCUCUAAUUGUUAACAGCAUCAUCGAUAAGGCUGCUUUAAGACCUACUGAUGUGGUGCUGGAAGUUGGGCCUGGGACUGGCAACAUGACUGUCAAGCUGUUAGAAAAGGCCAAAAAGGUAGUUGCCUGUGAACUUGAUCCAAGGCUAGUAGCUGAACUUCACAAAAGAGUUCAGGGCACGCCUCUGGCCAGCAAACUCCAGGUCCUGGUGGGAGAUGUAUUGAAAUCGGAUUUGCCAUUCUUUGAUGCUUGUGUGGCAAACUUGCCUUACCAGAUCUCCUCUCCCUUUGUCUUCAAGCUGCUGCUCCACCGGCCAUUUUUCAGAUGUGCUAUACUUAUGUUUCAAAGAGAGUUUGCUCUUCGAUUGGUUGCCAAGCCUGGAGAUAAAUUAUACUGUCGACUCUCCAUCAACACACAGCUUUUAGCACGCGUGGACCAUCUAAUGAAGGUGGGGAAGAAUAACUUCAGACCGCCCCCCAAGGUGGAGUCCAGUGUGGUAAGGAUAGAACCUAAGAAUCCGCCACCACCAAUCAAUUUUCAGGAAUGGGAUGGCUUAGUAAGGAUCACUUUUGUUCGGAAAAACAAGACACUGUCUGCUGCAUUCAAAUCAAGUGCAGUACAACAGCUGUUGGAAAAAAACUACAGAAUUCACUGUUCAGUACAGAAUACUGUAAUACCAGAAGAUUUCAGUAUAGCAGAUAAAAUACAGCAAAUCCUAACCAGCACAGGUUUUAGUGACAAACGGGCCCGUUCCAUGGACAUAGAUGACUUUAUCAGGUUGCUACAUGGAUUCAAUGCAGAAGGCAUCCACUUCUCCUAGCCAUUUGAAAACUAUUUUUUCAAGACCAA